AUGGGCUUCGACUUCACCGUCUACAAAGGCUCCAGCGACGGAUCCAUCAAAAAAGCCACCACGCACCGCCCCGACCUCUCGCACGACGAUGUCCUCGUCCGCGUCACCCACUCCGGCGUCUGCGGCACCGACCUCCACUACCAGCAAGCGGACAUGGCACUCGGUCACGAAGGCACCGGCAUCGUCGAACAAACCGGCCCAGACGUCAAGUUCCUGAAAAAAGGCGACCGCGUGGGCUGGGGCUACGAGCAUGACUGCUGCGGAUACUGCGCCCACUGCCUCACAGGAUGGGAGACGAUGUGUCCGGAUCGCAAGAUGUACGCGGGCGCCAAUACCGAUCAGGGCUCGUUCGCCUCGCACGGCAUCUGGCGCGAGGCUUUCCUCUUUAAGAUCCCUGAGGGUCUGAGCAAUGAGGACUCGGCGCCGCUGAUGUGUGGUGGCUCGACGGUGUAUAAUGCCAUGCAUGUGUCUGGGGUGACGUCGACGUCGCGCGUGGGCAUCGUGGGUAUCGGCGGCCUUGGACACUUGGCGAUUCAGUUUGCCGCGAAGAUGGGAUGCCAGGUGGUGGUGUUUUCGGGGACGGAUAGUAAACGCGACGAGGCGUUGAAGUUGGGCGCUUCUGAGUUCUACGCGACGAAGGGGGCUAAGGAGUUGAAGAUUGGGAAUAAAUUGACCCAUUUGAUUGUUACGACGAGUGCCCAGCCGGACUGGAAUUUGUAUACGACUGUUUUGGAUGCUGGCGCUGUUAUCUCGCCGCUGAGUGUCUCUAUGGAUGAGUUCAAGUUCCCGUAUAUGACGCUGUUGGGUCAGGGACUGCGUGUGCAGGGAUCCAUCGUCUCGUCGCGCCAGGUUCAUCGCGAUAUGUUGGAGUUUGCGGCUUUCCAUGGCAUCAAGCCGAUCAAGAUGACCUAUCCGUUGACCGCCGACGGCGCGACCGAGUGUUUGAAGACAUUGAACGAUGGGCACAUGAGAUACCGGGGCGUUUUGGUCGCAUAG